UGUCGUUGUUUUUUAGCUUUACAGACAUGGCGCACCUCCAUUUUUGUGCGCUCGCCUGAUCGACUUUUGCCCCUCUCUCUCUCUCUCUCUCUCUCUCUCGGUGUUUUCUCUCUCUUUUGCCGGAGUCGCCGAUGGAAAAUGAGAAUUAAAAACGGCCUUUAAUCUUUUUCGAAAGUGUCGAAGAAAGAGAAAUCGCCGGGAAGAGGAGUAGAUUCUGAUUUGGUGAAGUUUUUUCCCCGCCGAGUCCGACACUGGGAGCCUCGUUCGCUGCCCGAGCGGUACACACGGACCCCCAGAGACCUGGUCUGACUCCGGCAAUGGUAUUGAGUGCUUGAACAAUGUCCCUACUGCGUCAGGGCUUUGCUACUCGACCAGCAGGCUGCUGACUCCGGCCGACUUCCUACCUCCCUCCAACUUUGACAGGGGCGAUCUGGACUCUGAAACCCCAUCACCACGUGUAGCCAACACCAAAACACAACCCCACCACCACCCCGACCCCAAAAUGAUGUCCAACGAGGAUAAACCCCCCGAAGAAGACGGCUCCGAUCGCAGCAAUGUUUCCAGUAACUCUGCUUCUGAGGACUCUGUUCAUUCGGCAUCGGGGUCAGAGUCUGGCAGCCAGUCAGAGAGCGAGCAGGGAAGCGAAUCCAACAACAGCACUUCUGGAUCCUCAGAAUCCCAGUCGGAAUCUGGAAGUGACUCGGCAGGAUGCAAGUCGCAGCAGCCCACCGCCGAGAGCAAGGACAAACGUCUCAGCAAGAAGGAGAGGAUUGCCGACGUGAAAAAGAUGUGGGAAGAAUAUCCUGAUGUUUAUGGGGUUAGGAGAUCACACCGCAGCAGAACUGCCCCCACCAGCUCCAGUGCCACAGCUGAGCAGGGCAACAGCGAGAUAUCCGAGGGUGAAGGCCUGAAGCAAAGAGGGAGGAGGAGAGCUAAAAACUGGAAACAAACCGUCUUUGAAGAUUAUGAUGAAGAGGAGGACGAAGAUGAGGAGGAAACGAGCAGCCCUGCAACCAAGAGUGUUCGAGCCCGACGACCUGCCACCAGAAGAUGGCAAGUCAAAAGCAAAGGCAAAAGGCAGAAACCUCCAAGAGGAAAGAGGAGGCACCAUUCUUCCGAGGAGGAUGACGAGGAUGAGGAUGAAGAUGACGACACCCCCAAACGCCAAACCCGCCAAUGCGUGACCAAAAACGUGAGUUACAAAGAAGAUGAUGAUUUUGAGACUGACUCAGAUGAUCUAAUCGAAGUUACAGGAGAGCCGUCCCUGGAAGAGAACGACGACAGUGAGACCAUCGAGAAGGUGAUAGAGUCCCGGACUGGGAAAAAAGGAGGUAAUCUUGUUGUGUGCUGGUGGUUGUGCACAGGUUUAAGGCUGAAGGGUUUGGUCUUAUUGGCGAUUUGUUUAUUCGCAGCCAUUGGGGCACCCACCACAGUGUAUGCGAUGGAGGCGCAUGAGAACCCGGAGCCUGUAUUCGAUCCCCAGAAGGACGAGCAGGAGAUCCAGUAUCUGAUCAAGUGGAAAGGCUGGUCAUACAUCCACAACACCUGGGAGAGCGAGGAGUCCCUCAGGCAGCAAAAAGUCAAAGGACUGAAAAAACUGGAGAAUUUCAUCAAAAAAGAGGAUGAUAUAAAACAAUGGGUGGCCAAUGCAUCCCCAGAGGACCGCGAGUAUUAUAACUGUCAGCAGGAAUUGUCUCUGGACCUGAACAAACAAUACCAGAUUGUGGAGAGAGUCAUCGCAAUGAAAACCAGCAAAUCAGCUUCCAGUCACUCAGACUUCCCCUCACAUUCCAGCCACAAACCCCCAGCCUCUGGCCAACCUGACUACCUGUGUAAAUGGAUGGGACUCCCCUACGUGGACUGCAGCUGGGAGGAUGGGGCCCUUAUUUCCAGGAAGUUCCAGAUGUGCAUUGAUGCCUUCCACAGCCGGCACAGCUCCAAGAGCAUUCCCACCAGAGACUGCAAGGUGCUGAAGCAAAGGCCUCGGUUUGUAGCGAUGAAGAAGCAGCCAACAUACAUUGGCAGCGAAGGGUUGGAGCUGCGAGAUUACCAGCUCGAGGGGCUGAACUGGCUCGCUCACUCCUGGUGCAAGAAUAACAGCGUGAUCCUGGCCGAUGAGAUGGGUUUGGGGAAGACCAUCCAGACCAUCUCCUUCCUAUCGUACCUGUUCCACCAGCAUCAGCUGUACGGCCCCUUCCUAGUGGUGGUGCCUCUCUCCACCCUCACCUCCUGGCAACGCGAGUUUGACAUCUGGGAACCCAACAUGAAUGUGGUGGUGUACAUCGGCGAUGUCAUGAGCCGCAACACGAUUCGGGAGUACGACUGGACCCACCCUCAGACAAAGAGGCUGAAGUUUAACGUGUUAAUAACUACCUAUGAAAUCCUGCUGAAAGAUAAGACGGUUUUGGGAAGUAUAAACUGGGCUUUCCUGGGAGUGGAUGAGGCUCAUCGGCUGAAGAACGAUGACUCGCUCUUAUACCGGACCCUGAUAGAUUUCCGAUCCAACAACCGGCUGCUGAUCACUGGCACCCCCCUGCAGAAUUCGCUGAAGGAACUCUGGUCUCUGCUGCACUUUAUCAUGCCCGAAAGGUUUGACUCCUGGGAGGAUUUUGAAGAGGAGCACGGGAAGGGGCGUGAGAACGGAUACCAGAGCCUUCACAGGGUGCUGGAGCCCUUCCUGCUGCGCAGGGUCAAGAAAGACGUGGAGAAGUCGCUGCCUGCAAAGGUGGAGCAGAUCCUGAGGGUGGAAAUGUCUGCGUCGCAGAAACAGUAUUACAAGUGGAUAUUGACCAGAAAUUACAAGGCGCUGUCUAGGGGUGUGCGAGGCACCUCCUCGAGCUUCCUCAACAUCAUGAUGGAGUUGAAGAAAUGCUGUAACCACUGUUACCUGGUGAAGCCACCGGAGGACAGCGAGCACCACAGCUGGCAGGAGGAGCUCCAGAACCUGAUCAAGAGUAGCGGCAAGCUGAUCCUCCUGGACAAGCUGAUGACGAGGCUGAGGGAGAGGGGGAACCGUGUGCUGAUCUUCUCCCAGAUGGUGCGGAUGCUGGAUAUUCUGGCCGAGUACCUGAGCAUCAAACACUAUCCCUUCCAGCGUUUGGACGGGUCUAUAAAAGGGGAGUUGAGAAAACAAGCCUUGGAUCACUUCAAUGCCGAAGGCUCGGAGGAUUUCUGUUUCUUGCUCUCGACCCGGGCAGGCGGGCUGGGCAUCAACCUAGCCUCGGCGGACACUGUCAUCAUCUUCGACUCGGACUGGAACCCCCAGAAUGACCUGCAGGCUCAGGCCAGAGCUCACAGGAUUGGCCAGAGGAAGCAGGUGAACAUCUACCGGCUGGUGACCAAAGGUACGGUGGAGGAGGACAUCAUCGAGAGAGCCAAGAAGAAAAUGGUGCUGGAUCACCUGGUCAUCCAGAGAAUGGACACCACGGGGCGCACAGUGUUGGACAGCUCGGCUCGGCCUUCCCAUUCAACGCCGUUCAACAGAGAGGAACUGAGUGCAAUCCUGAAGUUCGGGGCGGAAGAGCUAUUCAAAGAGCCGGAAGGGGAGGAAUCGGAGCCGCAGGAAAUGGACAUCGAAGAGAUUCUGCGGCUGGCAGAGACCCGAGAGAACGAGGGGUCUGUCAGCCCCACUGACGAACUGCUGUCACAGUUCAAGGUGGCCAACUUCUCCACCAUGGAGGAGGCUGAGCCUGAGACUGAGGUCGGGAACCAGAAAGAGUGGGAUGACAUUAUCCCGGAGGAGCAGCGCAGGAAGAUCGAAGAAGCCGAGCGGCAAAAGGAACUCGAGGAGAUCUAUAUGCUGCCUAGAAGCAGGAGCUCUACUAAAAAGGCUCGGGUGAAUGGCAGUGAUUCAGACGUGGGCUCGCGGCGGCGGCGACAGCAAUCCUCUGGCUCUGAUAGUGAGACUGACGAGAGCGAUGAUGAAGAUAAGCGGCCCAAGCGCCGGGGGAGACCCCGGACUGUCCGUAGGGACAUGGUGGACGGUUUCACAGACUCUGAGAUCAGACGGUUUAUCAAGAGCUACAAGAAGUUUGGGACCCCGCUUGAACGGCUGGAGGCCAUUGCUCGGGACGCAGAGCUGGUGGAGAAGUCCAUCGCUGACCUCAAGCGCCUGGGGGAGCUUAUCCACAAUGGCUGUGUGCUGGCGCUCAAAGAGUACGAGGAGCAGCUUAAAGAAACCCCAGGCAUGGAGGGGAAAGGUCCGGGGAAGAAGCGUGGGCCGACCAUCAAAGUGUCCGGUGUGCAGGUGAAUGUCAAGUCCAUCCUGAUACAUGAGGAGGAGUUUGAGGUGCUGCACAAGGCCCUCCCCAGCGAGCCCGAGGACAGGAAGAAGUACCGCUUCCCCUGCCACACCAAGGCUGCCCACUUCGACACAGACUGGGGAGUGGAGGAGGACUCCAGCCUGCUGCUGGGCAUCUAUGACUGUGGCUACGGCAACUGGGAGCAGAUAAAGAUGGACCCGGCACUGCAGCUGACAGGCAAGAUCCUCCCCAGUGACCCUGAUCUGAAGCCCCAAGGCAAGCAGCUGCAGUCCAGGGCCGACUACCUCAUCAAACUGCUGAAGAAAGACAUGGUCAAGAAGGAAGCUUUGAACCACGAGGCAGAGCCUAAGCCGAGGAAGAGGAAGCAGAGAGUGAAGAAGGAGAACAAGGCACCCAGACUGAGGGAUGAAGGUGGCACGGACAUGGCCUCUCCCCGCCUUUCAGACAACCCAUCCGAGGAGGGAGAGCUGAAGGACGGAGCGCUGGACAGGACCCCUGUGAAAAAGAAACUCAAAACGAAAGACAACAAAGAGAACAAGGACAAGAGCCAGCUGAAGAAAGAGAAGGAUAGACAGAAAGAGAAAAAGAAGAGCAGAGAGAAGAGAGCCAAGGCACGGUCCGAAGGGAAGGACAAGAGUUGCAAAUCUGUGACCAAGGGUCCGGUGCACAUCACGGCGGGCAGCGACCCCGUACCUAUCGGGGAGGAGGGGGAGGAUGAGCUCGACCAGGAAACCUUCGGCAUUUGUAAGGAGCGGAUGAGGCCUGUGAAAAAGGCCCUGAAGCAGCUGGACAAGCCUGAGGAGGGCCUGUCUGAGAAGGAGCAGCUCCAGCACACGCGCAGCUGCCUGCUGAAGAUCGGUGACCGCAUCACCGAGUGCCUGUUGGCCUACACCGACUCUGAGGAAACCAAGCACUGGCGCAGGAACCUCUGGAUCUUUGUCUCGAAGUUCACGGAAUUUGAUGCCAGAAAGUUGCACAAGCUGUAUAAACUCGCUCAGAAGAGGCGAUCCCAGGAGGAGGAGGAGCAGAGGAAGAAGGAGAGCAGUGCCGGGAGCCGGAAGCUGUUCCGGCCCGAGACCUCAGGCUCCAGUCACGAUUCUAUCAACUCUCAGCCCCACGGCCCCCCAUCUCUGUAUCCACCCCUCCCCCACCACCUGCCCCAGCUACCGCCCGGGCACCACCGUGGCUCAUACACACAGCUCCACAAUCGCCCGUUCAACAAUACAGAUCGGGGAGAGCGGCCGAGAGAGCGAAUGUACAACUACGGCGGUGGGGGCGGGGGUCCUUGGGGUCCCGACAGGCACCAUGUGUAUGAGCAGCACCGCUACAAGGAGCAUCACUACGGCGACCGCAGGCCUCGCUCUGACCCUCACCGCAACUCCGGCAAUUACAGACUCAAUAAUAUCCACCGCAAGAGGCCCUACAGCCCCUACAGCAACGACCGCGAGCGCCGCGGACACCGGGAAUAUUAUGACAGGCGGCACCAGGAUGGGAAGCGACGGCGGUCAGACGAGUUCCGACCUCAGGACCAUCAUAACCCCUGCCAUCAGACAGACCCCCGGAGACCCCCGGACCACAGGCCCCCUGGGCCAUACCACAGCCAGGGACCCUCGGAACACUACAGAAGCUUUCACCCCGACAGGCCAGCAGAGCACCGCUCACCUCUGGCUCAGAAAUCCCCUCACGACUCAAAAUCACCCCUAGAGCACUCGCUGGAACACAAGGGGACCCCAGACUACAGCUGGAGCACUCGCAAGACAUAGAGACACGGGGUGUGGGAGGAAACGAGGGGGAGAAAAAGAGAGUGAGAGGGAGGUGCUGCCGAGCAGAUCUGCCAGCCUAGUGGCCCCCAGGUUGCUCCAGCGCCGAGAGCCCAGAGCCGGCACUGCCGAGGGGAGACCACACACCCCACCUGAUCAUCAUGUGAACCACCCGCAGCACAGUUAGAAUGUACAUGUGACACUGUGCGCGGGUGCGCACACACACAGUCACUCAUACACAGUCACUCACUCAUAUACACACACACACACACACAGUACUCACAUAUGCUCACGUACCCACAGGCACCUGCACUCACGCGAGCGCACGCAGAGGCACACACGGGCACAGAUGCACAGAGAAUGCACUCUGGGUCAGGAUGCUAUGGCGAGGGAGGGGAGGACAGGUAAAGGGUGUUUUUUUAAAACAGACCAAGAGAUGGUGAGUGUUGUGGACUCUGCUGAGAGGCGUUUGAAGAAAGUGCAAUUUAAUUCUUCCCUAUUCACCGUUUCUGCCAAAAGUGUUUCUUCAGCCAAGCUCCAGUCUAUGAUGAGUGAGUGGCUUGGCUUCAGUCUUUCCCCAGCAGGGUGGGGUGGCCGGGGUCAGUGUAACUCACGCUUUUAUUCUGGGUUAUACAGAGGUGAUACUGGUGUGCAUG